AUGUUCGGCGUCACGCGACUGGUGAUAGAAAAGAAGACUGGCGAAAAGUAUGCCUGCAAGUCCAUCGCCAAGGUGAAGCUGCACACCAAGGAUGAGAUUGAGGACGUCAAGCGGGAGGUGGAGAUCAUGCACCACCUGGCAGGGCAUCCCAACAUCGUCAGGCUGAAGGCCGUCUACGAGGACAGAAAGCUUGUGAACCUGGUCAUGGAGCUGUGUUCCGGCGGCGAGCUCUUCGACAGCAUCGUGGCGCGCGGCCACUACAGCGAGCGGGACGCCGCCAGCAUCAUCCGCACCAUUGUGUCUGUCGUGGGCCAUUGCCACAGCAUGGGCGUCAUGCACCGCGACCUCAAGCCCGAGAACUUCCUGCUGUCGAGCAAGGGCCCGGACGCCAUGCUCAAGGCGACGGACUUCGGGCUGUCGGUGUUCGUGAAGGAGGGGGAGAUGUUCAAGGACUUGGUGGGCAGCGCGUUUUACGUCGCGCCGGAGGUGCUCAAGAGGAAAGGCUACAGCGUUGAGGCCGACAUCUGGAGCUGCGGCGUCAUCCUGUACAUCCUCCUCAGCGGCUUCCCGCCCUUCUGGGGCGAGACCGAGGAGCAGAUCUUUUCGGCCGUCAAGAAGGACGAACUGGACCUCAAGUCGGAGCCGUGGCCCAAGGUGUCCUGGGACGCCAAGAGCUGCGUGAGGCGCAUGCUGACGCGCGACCCCCAGCAGCGGGCCACCGUGAAAGAGGUGCUUGAGCACGCCUGGGUGAAGGAGGACGGGGCGCCGGACGCGCCGCUGGGCAACGCGGUGGUGGACCGCAUCAAGGGCUUCACCGCCAUGAACCGGCUGAAGCGGGAGGCGCUCAAAGUCAUGGCAUCGCACCUCCCUGCAGAGGAGAUAGCCGGCCUCAAGGUUGUUUUUGAGGAAAUGGACGCGAACAACAAUGGAUCCAUCACGGUGGAGGAACUUCGUGAGGCGCUGAAAAAGAAAGGCGGCAAGAUACCCGAGGCGGACAUCGAGCGCAUCAUGAUGGCCGCCGACGUGGACCAGAACGGCGUCAUCGACUACAACGAGUUCCUGGCGGCCACCGUGCACCACUGCAAGCUCCAGCAGGAGGAGCACCUCAUAAGGGCCUUCGAGCACUUUGACGCGGACGGCAGCGGCUACAUAACGGUGGACGAGCUGAGGGGGGCGCUGAAGGACUCGGGCGGCCCGGUGAACGUCGAGGAAAUCAUCCGGGAGUGCGACCGGGACAACGACGGCGUGAUCGACUACGAGGAGUUCUGCAUCAUGAUGCGGAAAAAUGAAUGA